CCUCCGGCACUGCCUCAGCCACGGGCACGCCAUGUUCCCCGAACAUUCGGGCGUCAGACAGGUUACGUAUAUUUGAGCGGAACCGGAAACGCGUCACAUCCGACGCCGUUCCCGGACACGGAAUUACACGGACUUCAACUGCAUCGGUGCUGACAGUCCAGUGGCUUUGAGGCCGCUGCUGUGCCUUGACAUGUGGAGCCCCUGGACAGUGUUGGUGUUGGUAGCAGCAUCCAGCUUCACACCGGUACACGUUCUGGAGUUCUGCCCGGACAAUGACUGCCAUGGUCACGACGACACGUCCCCAAACGCGUUCAAAUCCAGGUGGAACAUCAGUGUUUCAAACCUCAUGCAGGACCUGGGCCAGUUCAGGGUGUCCUGCAAGAAGCUCCUAGAAGCAUUCCCAAUCGAUGUGGUUGAUGGUAACUUUGCUCGCCCUGUAAAGAACUGCAUAUUCUCCAAAUCCAGUCCGACACCACUGAAAGGCCCGUUGAGACUGGCAGCAGCUUCUAAGGCGGUCAUGGAGGGGAUUUUAGACGUAGAUGUGGCCGUGACCCAGUCGGAUGAUUUCCUGCAUUAUGCCAGCGGUGGCAGACUGCCAGCGGGAUCGGUACCCCUUGCUCACAGAUAUGGAGGUCAUCAGUUUGGCUACUGGGCCGGGCAGCUGGGUGAUGGUCGGGCACAUUCUCUCGGUCAAUAUACCAACAGGGAAGGAGACGUGUGGGAACUGCAGCUCAAAGGCUCUGGGAGAACACCUUAUUCGAGGUCGGGAGACGGUCGAGCUGUGAUCCGUUCCUCUGUGAGGGAGUUCCUGUGCAGCGAAGCCAUGCAUUCCCUGGGUGUUCCAACCAGCAGGGCCGCCAGUCUGAUCGUCAGCGACGAGCCGGUGACGAGGGAUCGGUUCUACAACGGCAACGUGAAGACGGAGAGAGGAGCCGUAGUUCUCAGGUUGGCCAAGUCGUGGUUUCGGAUCGGCUCGUUAGAGAUUCUGUCUCAAAGUGGAGAGAUUGAUCUCCUGAGAAAGCUGUUGACCUUCGUGAUCGACGAACAUUUUUCUUCAAUCGAUUCAGACGACCCAGAUAAAUAUUUGGUGUUUUAUUCCACGGUCGUAAAUGAAACCGCACAUCUGAUUGCCCAGUGGAUGUCGGUGGGGUUUGCACACGGAGUGUGCAACACGGAUAACUUCAGCCUCCUGUCCAUCACCAUUGAUUACGGUCCGUUCGGCUUCAUGGAGGCGUAUAACCCCGAUUUCGUGCCCAACACUUCUGACGACGAGGGCCGAUACGGCAUCGGAGCUCAGGCCGACGUGGGACGGUUCAACCUGGAGAAGCUGGCGCUGGCUCUCGGCCCGGUGCUUUCUCAGCAGCAGGAGAGCGAGGCUAAAAGUAUUUUAAAAGGAUAUGCGGAUAUUUACCUGAAGACGAUUAAUCAGCUAUUUCGAGCCAAACUGGGGCUUCUGGGCGAGCAGGAAGACGACGGCUACCUCGUUGCCUUCCUGCUGAAGAUGAUGGAGGACACGCGCUCCGACUUCACGAUGACCUUCAGGCAGCUCAGUGGAGUUUCAGCCCGGCAGCUUCACAACAGGGACUUCACACAGUUGUGGGCUCUUGAAGACUUGUCAUCCCACAAGCUCUUUUCUGAUUGGCUCAGCAUGUACCAGCUUCGGCUCCUCAGACAACACGAUAGUGAUGUGCAUCGUCAGCAGAGGAUGAAAAACAUAAACCCCAGAUAUGUGCUGAGGAACUGGAUGGCAGAAUCUGCUAUAAGUAAAGCUGAGAAAAAUGAUUUUUCUGAGGUGGCGAUGCUGCACCAUAUUCUGUCAUUUCCCUUUGUUACACAAGAGACUGCAGAGGAGGCGGGCUAUGCAGCAAGACCUCCCUUGUGGGCCAAGAGGUUAAAGGUCAGCUGUUCCUCCUGAGAGGUUCUUGGACGGAGUGAAGAGAGGAUCACAGCAUAACGGAGCCUUUAUGGUCUGUUUUAAUAAACUCUUUCAUGCUGGUGGAAAACAAUUGGUCCAAAAAGUCAAGGUCAUGGCUCUUAAUGUUCUCUUCUUGUAAGAUUACCCAACACAUACAUAAACAGUGACCGACAAUAAAAGAGUGCUGCAGAGGAAUUCACCUUUGGAAGUGAUAAACAUGUUAUAAUGCCAUGUUGACACCUAAAUAAAUUCAAAGAUGCUACGGAAGAUGGUGUACUGUUGAACUAUGUUCACAUACAGUACGACUAUUCACCUUAUUCAUGUACUUUAUACACACACACACACACACACCACAGCUACUGAAUGGAGGUCCAGCGCUUUCUACAUUUCAAUUUUGUACAAGAAAACCCAACAAUUUAAUCCAAUAA